AUGCCUCUGCCUAAAACUCAAGACGCCGCCACCAGAACUAGGGAGCAUGCCACUCAAAAGGCCUCCCAUAGCGAAAUGGGACCUGCUCAGCUUCUGAAAGAAAGCAUGGAUAGCUCUGGUAACCCUGAGCCCGAUCAUACCGGCUCUCUCGAAGAAAGCCAUAAGAAUCCCAAGGAUGACGAUGAUGAUGUGUUUGCUGCUAUGAAUGCGGAAACUGCAGAUUUUGAAUGA